AUGUCGUCUUUCUCUGCUAUCUGCUCCACACUGGUAAAACGAACCAUUCCACUUUGCUUGGUAUCCAAAACAAGCACUAGCUCCAUUACUCCCCCUUUGUUUUUGUCACUCAAAAACUCUAUCUUUCCUAAUCGACCACCGAUUUUAGUCCAUGCUCGAUUAUCUGACUCCCCCAGCGAGUAUCCUACUCGAAGACCACCGGAGUUUUCUCCUCCGGUGCCGGACUUUGAUCGGCCUACUGUUCCACCUGUAGUACCUGGAAUCUCUACCUCUCCGGAAGUUUGUAUUCCAAAUACCACUCCACCUGAGGUCAGCCCUUAUCCUCCAUCAAUCGACCCGGACCCAAUUCCGGGACCAGGUUUUCCAGUACCUCCUAAUCUGGAUGUGCCACGACCUUUUCCAGAUAACCCGACUCCAGGACCUGACAUACUGCCACCGCAGCCACCGGAUGUAGUGCCUCCACCGCCUCAUGGCCCUGAGAUUAUUCCACCACCUUCACCGCCACCACCGCCCACCGGACCAGGCGGGCCAAUAAUCGUGAUCUAA